AUGCGUGAGAGCGACUAUAGCAGUCAUUGGUUCAGCAUUUACCGUAUUUAAACACUUAUCCCUACUCUCCUAUAAUAAUAUCUUAAUUUGGAAUAGGCAGUGUCAGUAGCUAUAUUCGUGCUCGGAGGGCAAUCCAUAAACAAUGAUAUUUUGAAGAUUCUGGGCAUAAAUUAGACAAUUUUUUUAGGGAUGAUCAUCUGUGGUUCUUUCCUUAUGGUUACCGCUGCAGUCGGAGUAACUGCUGCUUACUCUAAAAAUCACUGCCUCGCAUUUAUUAUAGAUGAGUUAUACACUAAAGGUUAAAGUGUUCUCUGUUCCUCUAGCUGUCCUUGCUCUGCUGAUAAAAAUAAAUGGCCUGCUGAGAUCCAAAAGGGAAUGGUGACAGAAGCCUCAGGCUCCAAUGAAUACUCCGACUGCCCAUCAUACAACCCUUCAAACUAUGAAAGAGAAAAAGUACUUCCAGUAAUCAUCGCCUUAGAAAAAGCAUUUCAAUGUUCUGGAAUCUGCACAGUGCCACCCUAUCUGCUAUUUUCAAAUGUGGAAUUAGGUCCACCUACUGGCAAUUGCAAGGAUGAACUAACUAAAUGGAUUUAAGAAAAUUCAAAUAUAUAUGCAGGAUUUUUAAUGUUCGUGGGGAUUCUGGGAAUGAUAGGUUUCUCUUUCUCAUUCCUGAUAUUCUACAUGAAGAAGAAAGGACUUAGCACUAAUUAACUAUUCAAAUUCCAGAAAAUGACAUGA